ACACACAAUUUGUUUAUGAAGAAGCCUUUAUGUAAACAGAUGCGAAAAGGAUUAACUUGGGAAAACAUAACUAAUAAUAUUAACGGAUUUUGGCUGAAUAACACGUGGAGUUUAUUAAAUUGCAAGUUGUACAUAGAACAUCAGACCAACACUUACAGGAAUUGUUUAAAAGGAAAACAUAUGUAUUUCUUCGGGGAUUCUAUUGUCAGACAGUAUGCGGAAUUUUUCACGAACGUGGUGCUUGAAACAAGGCCAGACAUAAAUCUUCAGGUUUUUGGUAAAAACAACACCUACCACUGGCGCGAAACGUUUUCAAACUUUGAUAUAAAUGUGACAUAUUUAAAGCACGCAAUGCCAUUCUAUAAUCCAGUAGUGCCUAUUCGCGGUAUAACUUCAGUGUAUUCUGAGCUUCAAAUACUGAGUAGAAGUAGCAUACCUGGUGACAAGUUAAUAUUUUUGUUCUCUUUCCAUGCUCAUUUUCAGUCUUUUCCAAUAUCCGUGAUCAGAGAUAGAAUCCGUCGACUUGUGAAAAGCAUUCGAGCAUUCUUGAUCUUAAAACCAAAGGCAUUAUUCUUCGUCAAAGGUCCCAAUUAUUGCUUCGACGACACUCACUGGUUUGAUAACACUCUGACUAUGGUCUACAUAGAAAUAUUGCAGCAGGAGUUUGAGAGUCUUCACGACAGAGUUGUCUACCUUGACACGUGGUCCCUGAACGUGGUACUCGAGACUAGAAAUAUCCAUCCGGGUCCCGUGACACUGCAAAACCAGAUCAGGCACUUUAUGGCAUACGUUUGUUAAACAGUAGUCUCAGGUGUGACACCUUGU